AUGAAGAAUCCAGUGAAACAAAUGCGACUCCCAGACCUUGAGGACAUCCUCGACUUCGUGAAAGAUGUCGCAGAGAUCUCCGGUAGAUGGGUCAACUGGCAAAUCAUCCGAAGCAAGCGACAUGUAUGGUGGGAGACUGAUCGGGAGGUGUUAUCGCGAUGGGCACAGUCAAUCAUCGAAACCGAAGAGCGCCUUCGCGAAAUCACUCAACACGAGUACUUCAUCAAAGAAUGUAUCCGGGAGAUCGAUGGUCGGUCCGAUGAAGCAGCCAAAACCAUACUGACGGAUAUGAUCGAAGAUAUGAUAUCCUUGGCUCACGAGUAUGCGCGCAUCGAGCGGAUCUAUGACACGAUGGUCGCUGGUUGCCCUGUCAGUCCUAUUAAGAGUGGAUAUCUGUGGAUUCGAAAGCAGCCGCAGUGGCAUCUUCAAAUUCACCAAUCCAGAGACCAAGUAGUCCUAUUUCCCACCCCAUCGGCCGACCCUAAUGAUCCCCUCAAUUGGUCAACAUCUCGCAAAGUCCUCAAUUUCACCCUAGUCAGCUUCUUCGUGCUAUGGACCUUUGUGCAACUCGAUGUCGGUUUCACAGCAUGGGGCCCAAUGCAAGAAGAGCUUGGUUUCUCACUUGAUAUACUGAACGCCGGAGCAGCCGUCAACUACGGCGGUCUCGCCGUAGGCUGCAUUUUCUUCAUGCCCUUAGUCCAUAAGUACGGCCGACGCCCAGUGUACAUAUUCAGCGUCGCUCUGCAAUUUGCAUCAUGUAUCUGGCAAGCUCAGACAUAUAUCAACGGAGAUCUAUUGGGUAGCAACCUGAUAUCCGGCAUCGGCGGCGCAAUCAGCGAGAUCAUUGUGCAGGUGACCAUUGCAGACUUGUUCUUCGUGCACCAGCACGCCACAAUGAACGGCUGGUAUGUUAUCGCCCAGAUGGCAGGGGCUUUUCUUGGUCCUGUAGCAUCGGGAUACAUUGUCGUUGCACAAGGGUGGAGAUGGAUGUGGUGGUGGUGUGUGAUUUUCUUCGGCGUCACACUACUCUGUGUUAUAUUCCUUUUCGAGGAAUCAAAAUAUGUCCCCGUUCUGAAUGGCCGCGACGUUGUUAAUGAUGCCCAAGUGAAUGGGGAACCGUCCGAGCCACGUAAGGAUGGGGACGUGAUGGAUACAAAGAGCGCCUGUGAGACGAUCGCUACCCGUGUACCUACCAACCCGGACAUCCAGUCGACUACCUAUUUCCAGCGGAUGGCCUUGUUGACCAUCACUGAUGAAUCGCUGUGGCCGCAUUUCUAUCAACCACUCGUGACGCUCUUCACCUUCCCGGCUGUUACGUAUGCGGCCAUCACCUACGGAUCUACGCUAAGCUGGUUCGCGAUCAUGACUUCGCUACAGGCUUCUUACAUGCUCGUACCUCCUUACAACUUUGAUGCUAUAGGAGUCGGACUCAUGAAUGUGGCUCCAUUUGUGGGCGCUAUGCUAGGUUUUCCCUUUGGUGGACAUUUGAGCGAUAAAUCGAUCUUAUGGUUAUCCAAGCGCAAUGGCGGCAUUUAUGAACCGGAGAUGCGUCUUUGGCUUGCUCUUCCGAUUGCCAUUGGAGCGCACUGGGCUAUUCUUGCUGUGGGAUUCGGAUUUUUCGGUUUUUCACUUGCCGCUGUUAGCGGUAUCACGCUUUCAUAUCUCAUGGAUUGCUAUCAAGACAUCAUUGGUGACGCAUUAGUCGGAGUGAUUUUCAUGCGAAACAUCUUCUCAGUGAUUGUACUGUUUGUGUUAACGCCUUGGGUGGACGCGAUGGGCAUGCGAGACUUGCAUAUUCUGGUUGCAGUUAUUGCCUUUGUCAUCCUGUUGAUCCCGAUCCCGCUUCUCAUCUGGGGCAAGAAGGCUAGAAUUGCCACUGCACCAAGUUAUAGGAGGAUGGCGGCAAAUCAGCUUAGCCAUCGGACUAUCUAG